AUGCCUACGUGUAUGACCUUUGUUCUCAACACCCCUGCUGCCCAAAAGCCCACACCUUCGAAGGAUUCAACUCGAACCAAGCAACACUCUGGUGGUCCGCAAAGCGUUUCCAACCUUGGAUUUCGUUCCCCGAACGUUCCCAUUGGUGAAGAUGAUGCUCGCGGAAACGCUGAGACACCGACUCCUUUAAUCUCUGUGAUUCGCUUCAAUCUCGAGCGCCUUCUGAGACUCCUCGCAGUUGGGCUGCACAUCGACAUCAAACAACUGGCCAGUCCGAGGAAGAAGGGCAUACGCGUGGUGAACGCAGCAGUAUCACCAGCUCAUGACAUCAAAUACAAGGGCCGGAACGACCUUCCGCUGUGCCUCCUUCAUCGGAGAGAGCCUGAGGGCGAGACCGAAGUUUAUCGCCAGACCGAUGAUCCAAUGCCUCUGUUUGAUUCGCGAAUUCUUUGGGACGCAGACGAGCAGCAGAGACUGAGGGCUAUGCGUGUGAGAUGCGAAAGAGGGAAAGAUGGGGUAUUGGCCAGGCUAGUGGAUAUCUUGCGAUCGGCGUAUACGCAAGGUAUAUGGGUGCUUUUUACCAACAAGGGAGGACCCGCAAAACACGGAGCAGAACUUGGCGCGCGUAUGCCCGCCAGCUAA